GAAUGCCUAUCUUUAGCGAAAUCGCUUCAACAAUCCCUGGAAUCAGUUCUACGCAAUUCAACCUGCGGAGUAACUAAUGAAAAGGUGGAUCGCUAUUGGAUGCGCUCAAAGUACAACAAUCUUCGCUGGUUCCUGUUGUCUAGUGAAGCAGCGGCGGAUGCCAGAGGUCUUCAGAGAACUGUCCCCCAGUAUCCCAAUACGGGAAGUCCAUGGCAUCCAGGCUGCAUUGAGAGAUGUUUCUGUCCAGAUUUGGCAAAGAGGGAUAAUGAAUCCUUGUUGCGUCUUUGCAAGUAUACGAACGCGAGGGGAAUGAACCCAAUGGGCGAUGGCAAAUACCCCCACAUUAAGAAGGUCACUAGAAAUGAAAAUCACUAUAGCAAUCUGAGGUAUUCUUCUUCAGAAGGCAGUAUGGAAUCAAAUUUGGGUGGCGAUGUGGUUUGCGUGUCUCGCAGUCCAAAAGGUGGUCGGGCGUCACCAACACACGGGAUCAACCGUUCACUUCGUAUAGGCAAACUAGGCGCGUGUGAACGAAAUCCCAAUAAUUACCAAAUACCUCGAAAUUUGAUGAAAAAUCACCGUAAUGGCUCCUUAUCACCUAAAAGAUACUCAGCAAGUGACGAGAUCGGUUGGCAAUCUCCACCUCAUCCACUUAUGCGUCCGACCGUUCAAGUAAGUCACAAGAAAUUUCAUUCUUGCCAAAGGUACUAUGGAAGGAAUUCCCUUCUUAUGAUACCUAAACUAUUUACGUUCUAA